UUUUGAUUUUUUGUCAAGGUGAUCCCAUCUAAAUAGCUAUUAAUUUUUUAAAAAUAAACUUAGAAAGUUAAUGAGAUAACAAAAGCUGUUUCUAUCGUCUUAUGUUCUUAUUUCUGUGCUCAAAGACGUAAAUUAUGAUGUUCAGAAGGACCUCCGAGAUAAACAAAAGUCGAGCAGCUGUCUUCUUGUAAAGAUGUUUAUUCUUACAAUUAUGUGUUAAGCAUAGAGGUCCUCUUGAGAGGACUGGCUUGGCCAGCCUCAUCUUUUAGGUAGAAUAUCUAUUUUAGCCAUACUUAUUCUGUACCUGAAAUAUAUUUCACCAUAUCUUAUUUAAUCAUCAUAAAUAUAUAAGAAGUAACCGCAAAGAUGAGUAAAAACCCAGAGGUUGAUUGUAUGAGAAACUGUAAAUCUAAGUUUCAUGGCCAACUACUGACAAGCUCUAUAACAAAACGAUCUGUGAAUGACGAGUCUCUUGCCAGCUUUAUAAAAAGCACAUGCGCCAACUUUGCUAAAGCCUUUGAUUUUGAGGGCCGUACUGCUUUGCAUAUGACAGUGUCAAGGGGUAGAAAUGUAUUGAUGAAAUGGUUGAUUCGUCAUUCCUCGGAUGCCUUUAUUAAUGCUCGUGAUCGUGAAUCCGGUUAUACACCAUUACAUAGAAGUAUAUUCUACGGACAAAUACACACUGCUGUUGCCCUUAUGAAGCUUGGCGUGAGCACUGAUAUAUUAGACAAAGACGAUUUCAAAGCAAUAGACCAUGCUAUGUUAGACAAGCAGUACAUGUCGAAGUUGUCUCCGUCGAUGCCUUGUGAUGUGUACGUUUGGGGAAGCAAUUCAAAUUAUACCCUUGGUACUGGCUCUCAACAACCGAGACGUAUACCCGAAUUACUUACACAUUUCAGCCGCACUAAUGCUGAUAUUCAAAAGGUGUGCUUAGGCAAAUUCCAUAGUGUGUUCCUCAGCGGGGGUGAAGUGUGGUGUGCGGGGCAGCCGGCCCGGGCGGGGGGGCCUCACUCCACAGCCUUACGACCUAUACCACUUAGACUAGCGGAAACCUGUGUGGGUAUGGCCCUUACUUUGACCUCCACUGUCUUCCUCCUACAGAGCGGAGCGGUGAUCCAAUACUCGUUGAACAACACUGAAAAUCCAAGUCCAUCGACAGUUAAGAGCCCAUCGGUCAUUAAACUGGCGAAUGUGAAACCGGUUUUGAAGAUAUCUCAUCCCCUGGGCGUGUGCGCGGGACGAUCCCACGCGGUGGCGUGGAACGAGCACGCGGUGUACACCUGGGGAUUGAACCUUGGACAGCUCGGACACACGCAAGACAAAGUUGUCCCCUUACCCAAAAGGGUAGCGAUAUCAUUGAAUAACAAAGAAGACGCGAAGUUUCAGUUUGUUGACGCUUCAGACGCAGCCACAGUCAUUUCCACGAGUGUGGGAGACGUUUAUCUCCUGCAUAAAAAUAUUUGCAAGAAAAUUGCCAUUAAACAGAUCAAUUUACGUCAAAUAUGUGUUGAGGCGAAAGUGAGCGACCAAGGUGCAUAUUCGCGUGUCACCGUCUUACUUCUCACCAACGUUGGACAACUCAUGAUCUGGCAAGACACCACCAACACAUUGACCAGAUGUGUCUUUGGUCUUAGUCAUCAAACUACUAUAACACAUGUAGCACUAACCCACGACGCUCUCUACUUCACAACUAAACAUGGCGAAGCGUUCGUCGGUUAUAUAUCGAGAAAGACCACGCCCCCUCCCGCUCAACCAAUCAAAAAGGAAAGGGAUAGAGACAACAAAUCAGCCCUGGUGAAGUUUUUAGAAAAGGACGACUGUACAUCUGUUAGGAUAUCCAAGAUACCGAACAUUCAUCGGGCUAUUGGAAUAUCGGUGGACAGCGAGGGACUUAAUUUAGCCUGUCUUCAGACAAAACCGUCCUGUGGCCUUACUUCCAUCCCGGAUCUAUCUCCAACGAGUCUGACCAAGCACAUGGAGAUUCUGAUAGAAACAGCGGCCGAAGACGACAUCCUACAUGACGUUGUGUUUAAAGUCGGCCAAAAAUCCUAUCCAGCUCAUCUAUAUAUAGUAGCGUCAAGCAGCGAAUAUCUCUACAAGCAAUGCGCCAACGGUGUCAUAACCCUGGAUGUUCAUCCGGAGGUGUUCGAACGGGUAUUGCAGUACAUGUACACGGGGUCCUGUGACGUCACCAGGCUGGGGGUCUGCGGGUUGAGGCUGAAGCGAGAGGAGCUUGUGAAGAAAGACCCUUUGGAGGACGAGGUUAUUGAAAAUCCGGCAGAGAUAUCGGCGUUUGAAGUAUACAAGAACCAGGAGAAAAGAAAAGGCAACCGUCGCAAAAACGUGGAAGUGUCUAGAGUGCAUGUCUUCUGCGAUCCCGUCAAGUUAGUUCAGGCGACGGCGAAGAGACUUCAAGUCAUGGGACUACAUAAGCUGCUUGACAAGUUUUACUACAGAGAGGGUUCAAUCUAUCUGAAAGACUCGGCAACCUUCACGAAGACUCCUCUAACGUGGGACAGGGAUAGCUUCCCUGACCUCGUCGACACUCAAGUCUGUUCCAAGGACGGUAUCCUAAUACCGGCCCACAAGUGCGUUUUGGCAGCCCGGCUGGAAUAUUUCCAGGGAAUGUUUAUGCAUUCCUGGACAGAGAGUACACUCCUGUCGAAGGUGACCCUGCCCAUCAACCAUAGCAUUUUGUUGCCCGUGAUCGAUUUCUUAUAUACCGACAAAUGUCCGGAAGUCGAAAACUCUGACAGUAUAGACUUCAUAUGCAGCAUGCUUAUUGUGUCAGAUCAGCUGUUCAUCAGUCGUUUGAGAGAAAUGUGUGAGAUCGCUCUCUCUAAUCUUAUAACAUUAAAAAACAGCACAGAACUGUGUCAAUUCGCUCACACGUAUAACGCGUCCCAACUAAAGAGAUGUUGCAUGGAAUUUAUAUGUCUCAAUAUAUGUAGCGUACUAGAGAACAGGUCCCUGGAUCUAUUGGAAGAGACAUUGCUGAUGGACAUCACCAAAUAUUAUUGCAAAUUUAAUCCCAUCAUGUCCUCGCGCGUCAUAACACCAUUUUUUAACGCUCCAAGCGACGAAGUAGUUGAUAAAUGCUUUAGGAAUUAUCCCAUAGAUUUGGAUUAUGUCGAUGAAGAUGUAAAAAGGGAUGAUAGCCUGGAAGUCAAUAAAAAGAAAAAACAGAAGAAAAUUGAGUACACGGAUAAUGAAAGGGCGAGAAAGAGAUACGAAUCUGUGAGUUCGAUCUCGUCGUUGGAUUUAUCCCACGAUACCUCUGGCGACGUGACACUGUCACUGAGUUCGAUCUCUAAGGAAACGGAGAAAAAAUAUCAAAAUGCUGAUAAGUGGACGGAAGUGCCAACAACCCAACAAAAACAGCAGAAAUUGGUCCAAGCACGUUUAAAAGCAAUAUCUGCUGCAAAAGAAAUUCUUAAUGAAACACCAAACAGCUCUUUUACUAAGUUGACUAAAACUAGUUCUUCUCCAGUCGUAUCACAAGAUACAUCGAUUCCAACUACAUCACGUACGUCUGUCUCUCCCAAAGAUUCACCUGAACUAUGUUGGGGCCAAGGAAACCUGAUAAUAAGUCACGUUGGUCCAAAGUUAUCGCAAAAACAAAGAAAGAAAUUGGCUUUAGAAAAUGAUCAGCCGGCCCAAACUCUUGACAACUACUUAGCUAACAAAUUAAAUAUCGGAAGUCCCCCCGACAAACCAAGAAACCCUUGGAAGAUAUGUGACCCACCAGUCGCUGCUAGCAGUCCAAAUAAAGCAAACUCAUUGGAAUUCAAUAAGAUUCUUGCUGAUCAAAAGAAACAAAAAGAUGACUCCUCAAGAAUUAUGACAAAACCUUUGACUCUUACACAGUUAGAAGAUAAAGCCAUUGAAGAAUUGGAAAGAUUCUACAACAUUCAUGAGGCCGACGAUGAAUUAAUAACUGUGAAAAGAAUUGAAUUGCAAGUGUCUUCCCCGCAAUGGAUAAAUACAGCACCAAGAUAAUAAACUAUUUGUCAUUACAAAUGAACUACUUAUUUUCAAUAAAGUAUAUUAUAUAUUUUAAAUUCUGACUAAUAUCAAA